CAAACCAGCAUUUUCCAUAAUGUAGGAAGAAAUGUCUCCCUGCCAGGUUAAGUCCCUGUUUUUGAAACUCCUUUCCCCAAACUUGAUCAAACUGAUCUUGGUGUGUAAAUGAAUGAUUGUGGGGUUCCCCUCAAAGUCCACAGCAGUUUACAGUCAAAGGAUUUCCUGGGCUAUUUUUGGGAGUGUUGUUGUGUAUGAAUUGUGUGAUUUCACAGUGAAUAGAAGAAAAAAAAUGUGAUCCAUGUUGCAAUAUUUAUAAAAAAAAAAAAACCCAAAAAACAAAAAAACAGCCUUCCCUUGAACCUUCCUCUUCCAGUAACUAACUCUUUACUCUACUUCCUAACAUGUUGCAGCCUAUAACUAGUGAUACAGGAAACAUGAAUCAGUGAAUACAUCUUUCUGUCAUGUUGCGACUGUGCCGGAGAGGAGGAGACUUCAGCUGGACUUAAGAUGAGACUACUCACAUUUCUCUCGUUUGUACUUCUGCUAAUGCAUCAAAGCUUUUCACUCUCCAGACCACAGUGUCACACCUGUGAACUAACAUCCUGCAAGUGCUCAGGACAAAAUCUGACGAUGGUCCCUGUGAUGCCAUCAAAGCUCAUCACUGAGCUUGAUCUCUCAUUCAACGGACUGGAGACAAUAAUGGAAGAUGACUUGGCUGCAUUUGCUAGUUUACGAUCUUUGAGCAUAAAUAACAACAGAAUCCAAAAGAUCCACGAGCAAGCAUUUGUCCCGCUGACUAAUUUGGAGAAGUUGGACUUGUCUUUUAAUAGACUGGAUGUGUUGGCUGCCGGAUGGUUUGAGAAACUUUUGUCUCUUCAGCACUUGAAUCUCUUGGGGAACGAAUAUCAGACGUUGGGUCAAGGCAAUCUUUUCCAGCCACUCAAGAGAUUGAAGACCCUAUAUUUUGGAGGACCUGACCUUCAUUCUCUCAGAAAAAGUGACUUUUCUGGCCUCAGUGGUCUUAAAGAAGUUGUUCUUGAUGGAAAGAAUCUGCAAGACUACGAAGAUGGAAGUUUGAGACAAGUCGGGCCGAUUAAAUAUGUUACACUUGGUCUGAAUGGUCCGUUUCAGAGAAGUCAAAUGCUCGUAGAAGCUAUACUGUCUGAUGUUGUACACUCAAACACAAUCCUGACAUUCAGUGACACCCGGUUCACCAGAGACUUUCACAUGUCCCCGUUUAAAGUGGCCAGCACUGGUGGAACUCCAAAUAUUAUUUUUAAAAAUGUCAUCCUAACGUUCCCAGCUUGUUUGGCAUUUCUGAAUUGGAUGUCAGACUCGAAUUUAACCAUGUUUACACUUGAAGAUUCUAAAUUUGUCUUAAAUUUGAAAGGUCAAAUCAGGUAUCCCUUAAAAAUGGACAAUUUGAAGACUAUUGUCCUAAAAAAUGUUAAUAUUCCUGACUUCUAUCGCUUCCCAGCCCUGUUUUUCCUGGAACGUUUGCUAAAAAUGUUUCAAAAGGUGUCUGUGCUAAACUGCACCUUUUUUGUUAUUCCUUGUAAAUCCGCUGUAGAUUUUGUAAAUCUUGAGUAUCUAGACGUCAGUGACAACUUGUGCACUGAUCUGACCCUUAGCAACAUGAUGUGCGAUGGCCAAGGCAGUUUUUUCAAUCUGCAAACCUUGAAUAUCAGCAAGAACCACCUGCAAUCAAUCAACAGCCAGAUCUUCACCAAACUAAAUAAACUUAAAAAUAUUGACAUGAGUGGAAACCUGUUUCAUAGUAUGCCUGAGACUUGUCACUGGCCGCCAAGUCUCAGAUACUUAAACCUUUCAUCAACAGGUUUAACAAAAGUGACCGCUUGUUUGCCAGUGACUUUACACAUCCUGGAUCUGUCAGACAACGAUUUGACUGUGUUCAACAUCGAACUACCUUCUCUCACAGAGUUAUAUAUCUCUGGCAACAAAAUCAGUCAUUUGCCUGUUGGAGGUUUAUACCCUAGUCUUGCAUUUCUCUCCAUUCAGAACAACGACUUGCAUAUGUUCAGCAGAAAAAGUCUAAAUGAUUAUAAUAAUCUGAAGCGUCUGGAGGCUGGUGCGAAGACAUAUGUCUGUUCAUGUGACUUUGUAGCGCUCAUGACAAGCGAUUGGAGGAAUUAUCAAGUCUCAGUUGUAGAUGAAUUCAAGUUGUACAUCUGUGACUCCCCUGACACCGCAAAAGGGGAAAGUGCGGUAGACGCAAGCUUGUCGGUAUUUGAGUGCCACACAGCUUUAGCGUUUUCUUUACUCUGCUCAGGCAUCCUGUUGGUGUUUCUGCUCAUCGCAGGUUUGUGUCACAAAUUCAGCAUUUUGUGGUACAUGAAGAUGACCUGGGUGUGGCUGAGAGCCAAGAGGAAGCCAAGGUUAAAAAAAAGAGAGCUUGAGUAUGACGCCUUUGUUUCCUACAGUGACAUGGACUCUGGCUGGGUGGAAGCACAUCUGGUCCCAGAGCUGGAGCAGGGCGAGCCUCCGUUCAAGCUCUGCCUCCACAAGAGAGACUUUGUUCCUGGAGGCUGGAUUGUGGACAACAUCAUGGACGCCAUUGAGAAAAGUCACAGAACUCUGUUUGUCCUUUCUCAGCAUUUUGUCCGGAGUGAGUGGUGCAAGUACGAGCUGGAUUACACCCAUUUUAGAUUGUUUGACCAAAACGAUGACACAGUUGUGCUGAUUCUCUUGGAGCCCAUUGACAAAGAGACCAUCUCAAAAAAGUUCUGCAAGCUGCGGAGAGUCAUGAACUCCAGGACGUACCUGGAGUGGCCUGAUGAUGAUGGCCAGAUCCCCAGGUUCUGGCACAAUUUGAGAACAGCUAUUCAGAGACCUGAGACUGAAAAUGGAGACUAUUUACAGCUUGCAGAUACAGAACUUUAAUUUAGUGUUUUGUUUCAGCCUCAGCAAUAAAACCACAGAAAAAGUGAAGUGAAUAACAUCCAUCACUUCGUUACAAUGCAAUGCUCUGCUGGAAAACCUUGGGUCCUGGCAUUUAUGUGCAUACCACUAAAUACACACCACACACCCAAAAAUUGUUGCAGACCAACUAAUGGUAACAACGCUCCCUAAUGACGGUGUCCCCCAAGCAGGACAAUGCGCCACUCUGCAUCACAAAAGCUGCUCAGGAAUGGCCUGAGGAACCUGACGAAGAACUCAAAGCAUUGACCCGGCCUCCAAGUCCCCCUGACCCAAAUCCAAUUGAGCACUCAUGGAGCAUGCUGGUACUGUACCUCAAAAUCCACAGAACUCAAAGGAUCCACCAUCAUUGCCCAGGACAUCCACACAGGUCAUGUGUCCAUGCCUCUACAGGCCAGAGGCCCCACCCUGGUACCAACACGUCCCACAGAUAACCAAUCGGAUUGUUCAUUCAUUUUCUGUAACCACUUGUUCUCGUAAGGGUCGUGGGGAGCCAAUCCCAGCUGUCAUCGGGCGGAAGGCAGGGUACACCCUGGACAGGUCGCCAGACUACC